AUGACUGGAGGCAAAUCUGGAGGCAAGGCCAGCGGCAGCAAGAACGCCCAGUCCCGUUCAUCGAAGGCCGGUCUCGCUUUCCCGGUCGGACGUGUCCACCGUCUUCUCCGCAAGGGCAACUACGCUCAGCGUGUUGGUGCUGGUGCCCCCGUCUAUCUCGCUGCUGUCCUGGAGUACCUGGCUGCCGAAAUCCUUGAGCUGGCCGGAAACGCUGCUCGCGACAACAAGAAGACCCGUAUUAUCCCGCGUCACCUUCAGCUCGCCAUUCGUAAUGACGAGGAAUUGAACAAGCUUCUGGGACACGUUACCAUUGCCCAGGGUGGUGUUCUCCCCAACAUCCACCAAAACCUUCUGCCCAAGAAGACCCCCAAGAGCGGAAAGGGCUCUGGAAGCCAGGAGCUGUGAUCGAUUUAUUUCUAAUUUGGGUUCUCUGAUUCGGCGCGGUUUGGUUCUCUUAUUGAUGUGAUAACGGGGUUCUGGUCGGAACGUUUAUGGCUCUGCGUUUUCUUUUUAGUGUUGAUUUGAAGUUUAUGGUUGUACAUUAUGUCUACGGGCAUGGAAUGAUACCGGUAGCAUCUUCAUGGAUCCAAAAUGAAUUCCAUGUCAAGUUUCAGCAUGAGUUCGCUCCAAUUAAAUUGUAUCGCAAGUGAUGUGUGUAUUCUUUGUACUCUUCAAUU